AUGAUUUGUAUAAUAUAUUUAAUGACGUCAUCUCCUUUAAAAGAAGAAGCAAUUUUCAAUUUAACAAAUUUUGGUGCCAACGGAUCUCUUCAAUCGUUAUUCCUCUCUCAUCAACAAACAAGCACAUCAGAUAUGGCUUCAUCAUCUCCUUCUAAGGAGUCAAGUCCUCAGUGUGACACUCCUAAUUCAGGGGAUCCUUUGAUUAAUUCUCUUUAUAUGAAUACCCAAGAUCUUAAUACAACUGUUGAUACCUCAUCUGUUGGUAAUGGUGGACUUCUACCAAAUGGUAAAAAAACAAAAGGACGUGUUAAAAUAAAAAUGGAAUAUAUUGGUAAUAAACUUCGUAGGUAUACCACAUUUUCUAAAAGGAAGACAGGUAUCAUGAAAAAAGCUUAUGAAUUAAGUACAUUAACAGGAACUCAAGUUAUGUUAUUGGUCGCUAGUGAAACCGGUCAUGUUUACACUUUUGCAACAAGUAAACUGAAACCAAUGAUUAGUAGCGAUGUUGGUAGGAAUCUAAUUCAAACAUGUUUAAAUACUCCUGAUGAUAAAGUUGAUGAUACUACUAGUUGUAAAACAGAAUUUACUUUUGAACCACCAAUGGGCUCUGUAGGGAGUGGUUCGAGAAAAAGAAAAUUUCAUGAUACAGAGAAUAUUUCUCUUCAAUCUAUGAUUAAUCCUUCAACAUUAAACAUUACUUCUGUUACACAGGAUGAUUUUGAAUCUGACAAUGAUUCCGAUUCCGGUGAUGCAGCAGAAACAUCUUCUGCCUUCCUUCUUCAAUCUUCACAAAAAGAUAUAUCUGAUAAAGAAAAACAAAGAAAUUUACAGCAAACUCUUAAAGAUGCUCUUAAAGCUGCAGCUAAUCAAAGAGAAAUUCAAAAGAAAAAUAAAGAAAGUAAUGUAUCAAAAAGUAGUAGAAAUAAAUCUGGAUUACAAAAUGGAGAACAAAAUUCAGUUGCUAGUUUAUUUAAUCCAAAUAUCUUUACAAAUAACAAUACAGGAAACACAACACCUGAAAUAAAUGCUUUUGUGCCAUUUUUAUUGCAAAACUUGUUAAAUUCUUAUGCUACCAAUAAUAAUCAAGUUUUCAAUACUUCAUCUACCAACGAAAAUAGUACUUUAAAUGAUAACCAGAUUUAG